AUGGGUGAGAUCAAUAAAGCAGACGUUGAGAAAUACCUGGAGAACAACCCACAAUUUGCCAAGGAGUAUUAUGACCGAAAACUGCGCCUCGAAGCUGUGGGAAGCGUCUUCAAAGUCAGCCCUGGGGAUGUGAAGGAUGGCGUCUCCUUCACGGAGAUGACAAAGCUUGAGGAAUGUCAGCUGCUUUUGGAGUUGUUGUUGGAAAUCCAGCAAGAAACCACCGAUAUGGAGAAGAUUGUGCAUAAAGUCCUGCAGAGGUUGGCCCAGCUGUUGGCAGCCGAUCGGUGUAGUAUGUUUAUUUACCGAUCUCGCAAUGGUAUUCCAGAGGUAGCUAGUCGGCUCCUUGAUGUCACAGCUAACUCCAAAUAUGAAAACAACCUGGUGCCUCCUGAGAAAGAAGUUGUUUUUCCUCUGGACAUUGGGAUAGUGGGUUGGGUUGCUCAUACCAAGAAACUAUUUAACAUUCCAGAUGUAAAAAAGAAUAAUCAUUUUUCUGACUUUGUGGAUAAACAAACUGGCUAUACCACCAUCAACAUGCUGGCAACUCCAAUUCUAAAAGGCAAGGAAGUGCUUGCUGUGGUCAUGGCCCUUAACAAGAAAAAUGCCACUGAAUUCUCCAAAGAGGACGAAGAGGUCUUUUCCAAAUACAUGAAUUUUCUUUCAGUUGCUGUAAGACAAUACCACACAUCAGACAUGUACAAUAUUGAAUACAGAAAAAGCCAGAUGCUUUUAUUGUCGGCCAACAAGGUAUUUGAAGAACUUACAGAUAUAGAGCGGCAGUUUCACAAAGCGCUGUACACUGUCCGAAUGUUCUUAAAUUGUGAAAGAUAUUCUGUUGGUCUGCUGGACAUGACCAAAGGAAAGGAAUUCUAUGAUGAAUGGCCAAUUUUGCUGGGAGAAGCAGAGCCUUACAAAGGUCCCAAAACACCAGAUGGCCGAGAAAUCAACUUUUAUAAGAUAAUUGAUUACAUUUUACAUGGAAAAGAAGAAAUCAAAGUCAUUCCGUCACCACCCGCAGACCACUGGUGUCUGGCUAGUGGGCUGCCAACAUAUGUCGCAGAAAAUGGAUUUAUUUGCAAUAUGAUGAAUGCACCUGCAGAUGAUUAUUUCACUUUCCAGAAAGAAGCUUUCGAUGAAACAGGCUGGCUUGUUAAAAAUGUCUUGUCUUUACCAAUUGUUAACAAAAAGGAAGAAAUAGUUGGCGUGGCUACAUUUUACAACAGGAAAGAUGGCAGACCUUUUGAUGAAAAUGAUGAGCAGAUUACUGAAAUGCUCACACAGUUCCUUGGAUGGUCUGUUCUAAAUACUGACACCUAUGACAAAAUGAAUAAACUUGAGAACAGGAAAGACAUCGCUCAGGAAAUGCUCAUGUACCAAACAAAGGCAACACCUGCUGAAAUCCAGAGCAUAUUGAAAUAUAAAGAAAAACUGAAGGUAGAAUCAAUUGAAGACUGUAAUGAAAAAGAUUUAAUCAGGAUUUUGAAAGAGGAACUGCCUCAGCCACAGGAUGUAGAACUUUAUGAAUUUCGCUUCAGUGACUUCCCCGUAACAGAAUUUGACUUGAUCAAGUGUGGGAUAAGACUGUUCUUUGAGAUAAAUGUCGUGGAAAAAUUCAAAGUACCAGCAGAGGUGCUCACAAGGUGGAUGUAUACUGUCAGAAAAGGGUAUCGUGACAUCACUUACCACAACUGGCGACAUGGAUUCAACGUUGGGCAAACCAUGUUUACUCUCUUGAUGACAGGCAAAAUAAAGAAAUAUUAUACUGACCUGGAAGCUUUUGCUAUGGUAGCUGCAGCUUUCUGUCAUGACAUUGAUCACAGAGGAACCAAUAACCUUUAUCAAAUGAAGUCAGCAGCUCCACUGGCAAGACUUCAUGGCUCUUCUAUUUUAGAAAGGCACCAUUUAGAGUACAGUAAAACAUUGCUACAGGAUGAGAGUUUAAACAUCUUCCAGAAUCUAAAUAAGCGCCAAUUUGAAACUGUUUUACAUUUAUUUGAAGUGGCAAUCAUAGCAACUGAUUUGGCUUUGUAUUUCAAGAAAAGGACUAUGUUUCAAAAGAUAGUAGAUGCAAUUGAAAAAAUGGAAAAAGAAGAGGAUGCAAUUAAAUAUAUAUCCAUGGACCCAACUAAAAAGGAAAUAAUCAUGGCUAUGAUGAUGACUGGCUGUGAUUUAUCUGCUAUCACUAAACCUUGGGAGGUACAAAGUAAGGUUGCCAUCAUGGUGGCAAAUGAAUUCUGGGAGCAAGGUGACCUUGAACGAACUGUUUUACAGCAACAGCCAAUUCCAAUGAUGGACAGGAAUAAGAGUGAGGAACUGCCCAAGCUUCAAGUUGGCUUCAUUGAUUUUGUGUGCACCUUUGUCUACAAGGAAUUUUCAAGAUUCCACAAAGAAAUCACACCAAUGUUCGAUGGUCUUCAAAAUAAUCGGGUGGAAUGGAAGUCACGAGCUGAUAUAUAUGAGGAAAAGAUGAAAGCUAUUGAGGAAGAAAAGAAAAGACGGGAGGAAGAGGCUGCCAAGAAAGCUGAAGCAGCAGGAGGAGGAGGAGGAGGUGGCGGCGGUGGAGGAGCUGGAGAAGGCAAAUCAAAAACAUGUACAAUUUUAUAA